CCUCCACCGCAGCAGCGUCCCCCCAUUGGCGGGCUGAGUUGAGGUGAGCGAGUAGACGCUGUGGUGGUGCGGGACGUGCACUGCGCAUGCGCACUCGGACACUGAUCGCAGGGAAGGAGAGAGACACCCGCCGCUCGCACACACCGGAGAGAACCCGCAGCCGCAUCGCCUCUUAGAUCCGCACUCUCCGGCCCGCCAUGGUGGACUAUCACAUGACUGGCGGCGGGGUUCCCAUCGGCAGAGGAAUCAUCGGACCAGACGGUAAAUACAUGGAGCAGGACGAUGAAUGGGACCGGGACCUGCUGCUCGACCCGGCCUGGGAGAAACAGCAACGCAAGACUUUCACUGCGUGGUGUAAUUCGCACCUGAGGAAGGCCGGCACUCAGAUUGAGAAUAUAGAUGAGGAUUUCCGCGAUGGGUUAAAGCUCAUGUUACUCCUGGAAGUUAUAUCGGGGGAGCGUCUUCCUAAACCAGAACGUGGCAAGAUGCGGGUUCAUAAAAUCAAUAACGUCAAUAAAGCCUUGGACUUCAUUGCGAGUAAAGGGGUGAAGCUUGUCUCUAUCGGAGCUGAAGAAAUCGUGGAUGGUAAUGCUAAAAUGACCUUGGGGAUGAUCUGGACUAUUAUCCUACGGUUUGCUAUUCAAGAUAUUUCUGUUGAGGAGACGUCUGCCAAGGAAGGAUUGUUGCUGUGGUGUCAGAGAAAGACAGCGCCUUACAAGAACGUGAAUGUACAGAACUUCCACAUCAGUUGGAAGGAUGGCCUGGCUUUUAACGCCUUGAUUCACAGACACCGGCCAGAGCUUAUAGAAUAUGAUAAACUGAGAAAGGACGACCCGGUCACCAACUUGAACAAUGCCUUUGAAGUGGCCGAGAAGUAUCUGGACAUCCCCAAGAUGUUGGAUGCUGAAGAUAUUGUGGGCACUCUCAGGCCUGAUGAGAAGGCCAUAAUGACCUACGUUUCCUGCUUCUACCACGCUUUUUCUGGGGCUCAGAAGGCUGAGACUGCUGCCAACAGGAUCUGCAAAGUCCUGGCUGUGAACCAAGAGAAUGAGCACCUGAUGGAGGAUUACGAGAAACUUGCCAGUGAUCUUUUGGAGUGGAUCAGACGUACAAUCCCAUGGCUUGAAGAUCGUCAGCCAGAGAAGACCAUGCAAGAUAUGCAGCAGAAGCUAGAGGAUUUCCGGGAUUAUCGCCGCGUGCACAAACCUCCGAAGGUCCAGGAGAAGUGUCAGCUGGAGAUCAACUUCAACACCUUACAGACCAAGCUGAGGCUCAGUAACCGACCUGCAUUCAUGCCUUCUGAGGGGAAGAUGGUUUCGGACAUUAAUAAUGGCUGGCAGCAUUUGGAGCAGUCCGAGAAGGGUUAUGAGGAAUGGAUGUUGAAUGAGAUUCGACGUUUAGAGAGGCUGGACCACUUGGCAGAGAAGUUCCGCCAGAAAGCGUCUAUACAUGAAGCUUGGACCGAAGGUAAGGAGACCAUGUUGAAGCAGAAGGACUAUGAGACAGCCACCUUGGCAGAAAUCAAGGCUCUAAUCCGAAAACACGAGGCCUUUGAGAGUGACCUGGCAGCUCACCAGGACAGGGUGGAGCAGAUCGCAGCCAUAGCGCAGGAACUGAAUGAACUUGACUAUUACGACUCGCCCAGUGUAAACGCUCGCUGCCAAAAGAUCUGCGACCAGUGGGAUGUUCUAGGCUCACUGACACACGGCAGACGAGAGGCCUUAGAGCAAACUGAGAAGCACUUGGAGGCGAUUGACCAGCUCUACCUGGAGUAUGCAAAGAGGGCAGCGCCAUUUAAUAACUGGAUGGAGGGGGCCAUGGAAGACCUGCAGGACAUGUUCAUUGUGCACACCAUUGAAGAGAUUGAGGGACUCAUCGCAGCCCAUGAGCAGUUUAAGUCCACACUUCCGGAUGCAGACCGCGAACGAGAGGCCAUUCUAGACAUCCAAAACCAGGCUCAGAAGAUCGCCGAUUAUAACCACAUCAAGCUGACCAGCGGAAACCCCUACACCACUGUCACUCCACAGACCAUAAAUUCAAAGUGGGAUAAGGUCCAGCAACUUGUACCCAAGAGAGACAAUGCAUUAAAGGGAGAGCAAGACAAGCAGCAGUCCAACGAGCGCCUACGUUUGCAGUUUGCUAACCAAGCAAAUGUGGUGGGACCUUGGAUCCAGUCAAAGAUGGAGGAGAUCGGUAGAAUUGCCAUUGAAAUGCAUGGCACGCUGGAGGACCAGAUAAGUCACCUGAAGCAGUAUGAACAGAGCGUCCUAAGCUACAAGCCCAACAUAGACAAGCUGGAGCAGCAGCACCAGCUCAUUCAGGAAGCCCUGAUCUUCGAUAAUAAGCACACCAACUACACCAUGGAGCACAUCCGCGUUGGUUCAGAACAUCUGCUCACCACUAUUGCCAGGACCAUAAAUGAAGUGGAGAACCAGAUCCUAACACGUGAUGCCAAGGGAAUCAGCCAGGAGCAAAUGCAUGAGUUCAGAGCAUCCUUCAACCACUUCGACAAGGAUCAUACGGGCGCCCUGGGACCUGAAGAGUUCAAAGCUUGUCUCAUCAGUCUGGGCUAUGAUGUGGAGAAUGACAGACAGGGUGACGCAGAAUUUAACCGCAUCAUGGCCAGCGUUGACCCCAACAAUUCGGGCAUGGUGACAUUCCAAGCCUUCAUCGACUUCAUGUCCAGAGAGACAACGGACACAGACACCGCUGACCAAGUCAUUGCUUCUUUCAAGGUCCUUGCUGGAGAUAAGAAUUACAUCACAGCAGCAGAGCUGCGCCGAGAGUUGCCCCCAGACCAGGCGGAGUACUGCAUCUCUCGUAUGGCACCCUACCACGGCCCCGAUGCAGUGCCCGGAGCACUGGAUUACCUGUCCUUUUCUACUGCGUUGUACGGCGAAAGCGACCUGUGAGACCUUGAUGGGGGAGAGAUUGUGACACUGCCCUACCACCCUCCAUCGGCUACUAAUGCCUCUGCUGCAGAAGAGGCGAAGCUCUGGUUGGACAUGGGGGCACUGGGCUUACUAGCAUCCCCCUGUCUGGGAAAGGGGAGGGAGGGGAUCUCAUUAGCUUUCAUUCCCUUUGCAAGGAGGGAGGAGAAGGCAGAGCUAAAGCUGCAGGACCGCUCCUCUCCCCUCUGCAAAGCUAUCUAUGCAACGGCUAAAGGGCAGGGGUGCUUCCACACACAGCUGGCAACGUAGACUGCGCUUCUGGAUAACCUUUUCAUAUCUUGCAUCCUGUACAGGUCCUUCACAAGCCCCUCUCUCUCUACCUUGGGUUAUUUAUUCCUGGUCCUACAAGCUCCUGCGAGAGGCAUAUGGUCCUUGCCUACGCAGUACCAUUCUAUCUUUCCUUGUUCAUCAUGGUUUCACAACUCGAAGGCCUCUUGGUGAGGUCACAGCACAGAGGGCUCCGCACUGCAGGCAGGGGAGAGAUCCGUAAAACGGAGGGUGCUUUUCCAAACCCCCUUCCCAGCCAGAUGUUUUACCAUGUCCUAUUUUAAGAGGGAUGCACAUACACUGGUGCGUGCGUGCAUCUGCUGAACAGAGGUUGCUGGUAGCAAACAUCCAGAUCUGUUACAAAAAGGCCAGGGGAAAGGAGGGAGGGGGGGGGGAAUAACCAUUACUUAUUCACAAUCACUUUUUAAUAGCGGAGGUGUUUGGUUAUGGGUAACAAACCUUCAAGCAAUUAAUUCUACAUUCCUGUUGCUUGGUGUGUCUCCCUGGUGAGGGGAACACAUUACAAUGCAUCAUUCCACGUCAUUUAUCGCAUAACCUUUUGGUGACUGUCUCCUGCUUUUCGGGAAGCACAGCCACCUCCUACAUCUUAUACAUUCGUAUCAUGUCAUAGCAUCAGCCCUAUAAUGGUUUUUACUUUUUUAUUUUUAUUUUUCCCCCUGUGGACCAAAAAAAAUAAAAUUAUAAUAAAACAAAACUUUAAGAGGGUUACUAUUUACUUAAUUUAGGGGGAUUUAUGAUAUAAAUAUAUAUUCAACUAGCAAAACCUAUAUUUGCCGUUUUUUUGUUUUUCUUGUCUUCUAAAUGAAAAAAAUAUAAAAAAAUAAGGUUGCUGAUUGUUAUCACGAGAGCUGUAACAUUCCAUGUCUCAUCUUUUUAUACCAGCGGCCCACCGGGAGAAAUGUCAGGGGGCAGCGCCUUUCUAUCAUUCCUGCACCUCUUACAACUCCUUACAGAACAAUAAAAGUAAUAUUUUUAAGAUA